UCCAAUCACCGUCUUUCUUCCCCGCCCCUGUGGAUACGGGGAAGCGUCACAGACGUGCUAUUGUUAUGCAAAUAAAAGGCUGCCUAAAAGGAGCUGCCCAGGGUAUCCUGCCCGCUAAAGACGCCCAGGGAAGUGGCUGAGGGGAGGGGGGUUCGCCCGGAGGGAGCACUAAGGAACCGGGGGGAUCUGCUACGAGACGAGAGCCCCUCUCUGGGAUAAGCACGGAGCUUCCCCCUGGCUCCGGGCGCAGCACCAGAGACUCCGAGCACCGGGAGCCAGGCAAGCCGGGCUCCGGCUGGAUCCGCAGCCGGGGCGGAUAGCAGCAGCGGCGGCAGCAGCAGGGCGCUUGCCGGCCGGCCGCCAGCCUCACGCACCCUGGGAGCCGCACGGAAGCUGCUGGGCCGCGCUCGGCGGGGGGGCGCGCAGCUGUACCGCGGGGGAGCUCGGUGCCCAGGGGGUCUCUUAGCCGGGCCUGAUCCGAGCUGCCCCGCGCCCCGGCCCCCCGCCGCCGCCACGCUCGGAUCUUUGCUGGCUUCCAUGAGCGUCCGCGCCCAGGGACUUGUCCGGAGGCCGCGCUCUCAGCCGCAGGGUGCCCCGCUUGCGCGCCGAGCCCCCGCCCCUAGCUUGGGGCUCGCGGAGCGCCCGUGCCGAGCUGGGUGAGGCGGAGCGGGGCACGGAGACCUGCGCCCGCCCGGCACCGCUGCGCCCGGAUCCAGCUGCCCGGCCGCGGCCAUGAGCCAGACGGAGCUGUCCACCUGCUCGGCCCCGCAGAGCCAGCGCAUCUUCCAGGAGGCGGUGCGCAAGGGCAACACCAAGGAGCUGCAGUCGCUGCUGCAGAACAUGACGAACUGCGAGUUCAACGUGAACUCGUUCGGGCCCGAGGGGCAGACGGCGCUGCACCAGUCCGUCAUCGACGGCAACCUGGAGCUCGUCAAGCUGCUCGUCAAGUUCGGCGCGGACAUCCGCCUGGCCAACCGCGACGGCUGGAGCGCGCUGCACAUCGCCGCCUUCGGGGGCCACCAGGACAUCGUGCUCUACCUGAUCACCAAGGCCAAGUACUCGGCGGGCAGCCGGUGACGCUGCUCCGGGCCCCGGGGAGCGGCGCGCUCCGCAGGACAGGCUGGGCUGGCGGGGCGAGGACCGGGGCCGCGUCUGCUCCGACCGCUCGGGUCGGGGAGCGGAUCGUGCCCCGGGGCGCACGCACACGGCUCCCCGCCCGGGGCUGCGUCCUGCCCCACGCUGGGCGCCCUGCGGACUCCAGCCUCGGGCUGCCGCAGGGGCCGCCCUGGGCUGCCGCGGGUGAGGCGGGGGGCAGGACCCGGCCCUCCGGGAGAUGGGGGACCUCUCCGAGGGGCGGGCUGGGCCCUUCCUCAGCCCCGGCUGCCUGGCCCGGGACAAAGGUGCCUUCCUAAAUCGAGUCCGCUGGCACGAGCUGCGGGCGGCCCCUCCCCAGGUGGGGUUGGCCGGCCGCUGCGGGGUGCGGGAGCAGUGACUGACCCGCCUGGGGCCCCGGCUGCCAGACACGCCGACUCGGGGCGGGCACUCAGCCGCAUCGCCGGACCCAGGGGAGACGUGGGGGUUGGGCUGAUUGUUUAUUUUUGUUUAAAUGACAAAGCUGCUUGGACUCCAUGUUUUUUGCAAAGAAAUCUGGGGCCCACAAAGAUUUUACUGAAAAACCAUUUAACUGCUUUCAAAGGGGUUUUGUCUUUCAAGGGUUUUUUCUCCUACUGUAAUUUUUCUAUCUUUUUUUUUUUUUUUUUUUUGCCAUCUACCUCGGCUGCGCUCACAGUAUUCACGGUUUCAGUCAGAGAUCUGGUCAGAUGCUUUAAAGUGCACUCACAUUUUCCCCUCCCCCCCAAAUUUGGUGGCUUGUCAGUCCUUGGAAGCUGUCCCCGAUUUUAAAGUAUUCUGGCUCAGAAGUGACGUCAUUUCAGCAUUUUUAACAGAUCAAAAUGUAAUUUGUUUAAAACCAAUCGGUGCUUUUUUUUUUCCCAAAAAAAAUGCAAGUUCUAAACUGUAGCAUGAGCAAAGGUUCUGUCUUUCAUGAGUGGGGUGGGUGGCUAAGCUGACCUAUAUUUCCCUGUAGCAAAGAGUGUAAAAGUGUCUCUUUUGCAGUCUUCUCCCAUUGUUUUUACACAGUAACUGAUCUUUAAUUUUUGAGGCUCUAUAUUGGAAUAUGACACACUAUUUCCCCCACCUGAUCUCUCUUCUUUUUUUAAAUUUCCUUUUGAGUGUAUGAUCCAGCCUAGGCCUAGGCCUGCUAAAAUCACAGGAAAGACUUUUGAUCAUUUUAUAUUUUUCUUUUUAAAAUAUAAUACUGGCGGGAUUAGGAAAUCCUGGAUUUAAAACAAUAAAAUAAAAGUGAAAUGAAAUAAACGCUAGAGGCAGAGGAAUUGCUUUUGCACAGAAAAAGAGUGUGAGCACCCCCUGCAGUCUAGGAGGAAAGUUUCAAGAACAACCCGAAAACUACUGAGAAAUAAUUUGGGAUUAUUAUUUUUUUUUUUAAUUUUUUUUUUGGUGAAACUUGGCUAACACUUCUCAAUGCAGAAUGAUUCCAUCUGACUUUAUAUAAAUGAAAGGGAGGAAGAAGAGGAACCCAUCUUAAACUGCAUUUGGAAGUGACUGCACAUAUAAUUGCAAUGCUGCUUUUUGUUGCCAUGGCACAACAACAUCCAUUUUAAAAAAUGCAGAAAAUUUCAGAAGUCUCCUUUCCACUGUUGAUCUUUUAUCCCUCUGUUUGUCUGCACUAAAAACCCUUAUCACUGCCAUCUCCUCGCUAUCCUCUCUUAUUCCCCUUAUCCAAACCCUUACAGUUAAAAAAAUAGUUAUCUACUUUUUUUUGUUGUGUUAUAACUAUUUAUCAUAUAUGUAUAUAUUUGUGGGUGAUGUUUGUGUGCCUGGUUUUGUUUGAAGCUAUCUGUGAGUGGUUCAAAAGUACGGUUUGGAAAAUAUGCAUUUUUUCUAGUCUUAAAACUAAACUUGAGUCUGCCAUGGUUUUUUUGUUUUGUUUUGUUUUUCAUUGCACUGAAUAUUCUGCUUUGUCUAUGAUGGUUUCACCUGCAGUUUUUUCUCUCUUAAACAAUUUAUAUGAUUAAAAAGCUCCAGAUUAAAAAAAAAAGUCCUUUGAAAGUGUCUAUUGUUAAUGCUGUAAUUUACAAGGAACUUCUUAGUUUGCAAACUUUCUCUGUGAGCGUUGAAGAUGGUGUUAAGCACUUUUGUUGGUGCUUCUCUGUUAUAGGGGGGAACAAUAUCUUUUCUGAUGAGGUUUUAUUAUAGUUACCAGAUGGUUGCACAUUUUUUUAAAAUAAAUGGAUUUGCCACAAUAAUGUCAUAACAUUUAUGACAUAAUAUUAAAAAAAAUAGUGUAUUUUAAAGCCAAGUUCUAGAUUGAUUUUUUUUUAAAGAAAUCUUGGUUAUAAACCCAAUUCUAAAGGGAGUUCUGUCCAGUGUUGUAAAGACAACAUAAUGUAACCCAUAUUUAUAUUUUUAUAAAAUACCUAUUAAGACUGUGAAUCUCUUGUGUGAAUUGCUAAGUGAGUUUAAGAAAAGUGUUGUUCCUCUUCAGCUUCUUGGAGCUUUAGGCAUGAUUAGAAUUUGAAAAUUGUACAUUGGGGAAGGGGGUUUGCUCUGAAAUUGUGCGUUGAUGUAUUUUUGCAUCACUUUUUAAAAAAUUUAUUUUACUGAAAAGCUGCUGCCUUUCCUAGUCCCUAUAGUUUCAAUUUUCUAUGCAACCCCACAAACCCCAUAUAUAUUUUGUUAUCCUGAGAAAUAAAAGGGAUGCUGAUUUAUUCAAAUUUAAAUGAGGUUUUUCUCCCCCCCUCUUGUUUGGCUCAUAGUGCUGCUGACCCUUCAUGCCAAAAUGGCGAGUACAAGAAAAAAGACAGGUUGGGGGGAGGCUCUUUUGUGCAUGACUGGACACCUUUUGGCAGUCAUCUUUGUUGUUAUUAUUUUUGUAAGAAGAAUAUAUUGCUAAUGUCAGUGAAAUAAGCAGACAUUGAAGCUGAUGCACAGAUUGCUCCAGAAAGGAGUUUUUCUGUAGAUUUUUCUCUAGAUGCGAAUACCUUUUUUAAUUAUGUUAAUUAAUGUUAAGAAUUUUUAGGCUUAUAUUGAAGCUGUAUGUGGGUCACUAUAUGAUCAUUUCUAACUGGAUAAAGUCUGUACAGUACAGCAUAUUCCUGAGUGUAUGAUAUAGACUUGUAGCCCCAGAGUGAGAAAUUUAUAAAUAAAUUUUUCAUUGAUCUUUUUAUAAAAAAAAAAGUGGCUUUUUGGUUUGUUCUUUCCCACACGUACAUCAGUGAAGUUACAGGCGUGGUAGUGACAACUCCUCACGUGCCUGGGACAAGAAAGCAGUUCGCUACAUUGCAAAGGGAUUGCUCCCAUCCAGUGUUAAAAAUGUUGAUCAGAAGCUUGUGUUGUACACUGCCUUUCAUCCAAGUGCCCUUGAAUGUAUUUGAAAACCCAGAACAUGGAAAGCCAACACAUUUGUUGAACUCUGGAGUAAAUAAAGAUUUGUGAAGUGUUUCCAAGCAAC